UCCGAAAAAGCUGUGUUUUAAUCGAAAAAGCAAAAACAACGCUGUCGCUCCGUUUGUGGCUGUGUGUGUGCGACGUGUGUUCUAUUAAUAUGAAAAUGAUUUUAAACUGCAACUAAGACACCUUGAAUGCAACGGUGUAGCGAGCACUGCAUAUGCGUGAGUGUGUCAGUGUGGGCCAGUGUGUCUGCCUGUGUGUGUGUGUUUGUGUAUACAUGUGGAUAAACGAAAAUAAAACUGCCCGUGCCCGUGCCUUGUAUCGGUCUUCUCUACGUUCUGUUUGCCACCGCCACCCCGCAAAGCUAGGCAGAACGCAAGUCACACACACAGAGGCAAUCCCAUCUAGCUCCUGGAAUGGACAUGGACUCGGACAUGGAAAUGGAAUUGGAAUCGGACAACGAUGGCGAGUACGAAGAUGACUAUGAUUAUUACAAUACAGGCGAAGACUGUGAUGUGGAGCGCUUGGACCCGAAGAGAGCCGAUCCAGAGUAUUUUGAGUACGAGUGCCUGACCGUGGAGGACAUUGAGAAGCUGCUCAACGAGCGGGUGGAGAAGCUGAACACGAUAUUGCAGAUAACGCCCUCGCUGGCCAAGGUGCUGCUGCUGGAGCACCAGUGGGAUAAUCUGGCGGUGGUGGAGAAGUAUCGACAGGAUGCGAACGCCCUGCUGGUGACGGCGCGCAUCAAGCCGCCCACGGUGGUGACUGAGGCCGCCUCAACAAGUGCGGCGGCGGCUGCGGCCAGUGCCCAGUUGCUGAAGCUGGGCAGCAGCGGGUACAAGACGUCCUCGUCGGUGGUCAGCAAUGCCAACUCGAAUGUCCCCCAAUACCGGAGUCAGAUGUGUCCCGUGUGCGCCAGCUCGCAGCUGGGAGACAAGUUCUACAGCCUGGCCUGUGGCCACUCUUUCUGCAAGGACUGCUGGACCAUUUUUUUCGAGACACAGAUAUUCCAGGGCAUUUCCACGCAAAUUGGUUGCAUGGCCCAGAAGUGCAAUGUGCGGGUGCCAGAGGACUUGGUCCUGACCCUGGUUACACGCCCCGUUAUGAGAGACAAAUAUCAGCAGUUCGCAUUCAAGGACUAUGUCAAAUCACAUCCGGAGUUUAGGUUCUGCCCGGGACCCAACUGCCAGAUCAUUGUGCAAUCAUCGGAGAUCUCCGCCAAACGUGCCAUCUGCAAGGCGUGCCAUACGUGUUUCUGCUUCAAGUGUAGCAUGGACUAUCAUGCGCCAACAGACUGCCAGGUGAUCAAGAAAUGGCUGACCAAGUGCGCCGACGACAGCGAGACGGCCAACUACAUUAGUGCCCACACCAAAGACUGCCCCAAGUGUCACAUCUGCAUCGAGAAGAACGGCGGCUGCAAUCACAUGCAGUGCUUCAACUGCAAACACGACUUCUGCUGGAUGUGCUUGGGGGACUGGAAGUCGCACGGAUCCGAGUACUACGAGUGUUCGCGCUACAAGGACAACCCCAAUAUUGCCAACGAAUCGGUGCACGUGCAGGCCCGGGAGGCCCUCAAGAAGUACCUCCACUAUUACGAGCGCUGGGAGAACCACUCCAAGUCGAUAAAGCUCGAGCAGCAGACGAUCGAUCGGCUACGCCAGCGCAUCAAUUCGAAGGUAAUGAACGGCAGUGGCACCUGGAUCGACUGGCAGUAUCUGUUCAAUGCAGCGGCACUGCUGGCCAAGUGCCGAUACACUCUGCAGUACACAUACCCGUAUGCAUACUAUAUGGAGGGCAGCUCUCGCAAGAAUCUCUUCGAAUACCAGCAGGCGCAACUGGAGGCUGAAAUCGAGAACCUGUCCUGGAAAAUAGAGCGGGCCGAGACAACGGACCUGGGUGAUCUCGAGAACCAAAUGGAUAUUGCUGAGAAGCGUCGCACCACCCUACUCAAAGACUUCUUUCCCGUGCAUGCAUCGACGGCAUAGGCGGAACAUAAGGCUUCCAGAACCACCAGAAGCUUGUCUAGUUUAGCACAAAAGCGAACUUCAUUUGAUCGACUUGACAAGCCACACGACAGUAUAAGAGACGCUUAUUUAAUUAUAAUUAUACACAAAUACAUACUAUACAUAUAUCCAUAUAUCCAUUUAGCGGUAGCAGAACGAUGUGUAGCUAAUUUUUAAACUAAUUGAAUAUUCACGUGCAUAUAGACUAAAGGAUUUAGCAUAGAACAUAUGUAGUCGACUACUUGAAGUACGAAUAUUAUAGUUGUGACAUUCGAAAUCACUCAAAACGAUCGAUCGGUGUAACUGCAAUACAACGCCUUGAGCGGUAAGAUUAUGAUAACGAUAUCGUUAGUAGCCAUAGCUAUUUUCAUUAAAUAUAACUACAACAAUAGAAGAAAGAACGAACUAACGAAAGAAUGAAGAAACAAAAAAGAAAUCAACCAGGCGCAUUUUUGUGGCCAUGUGUUCCAACAGUUUUCCAAAAACUAGCCCAAGCGACCCUAGAAUAUGCAUAAACAAUUCUAAAUAUGUAGCAUAGCAAGUCAAGCAAUUCUCACUCAGACACGACACGCAUAGAGAAAAGACCUCAACUCAAUCGGUUAGAUCCUAAGUUUUAAAUAUCGUAUUAACAAAUUGGCCGAACGGCAUCAACAAUAUCAAUAUCAACAAAAAGUAUUUUAUAAUUGGUAACUCGUAAUUCGUAACUAGCCACAGCACAUCCAUCGAAUCGAAUGCAAAAAGUCUUCAAAUAAAAUAUUGUAUGUAAUUAUAACGAAUGCUAGGUACUCGAACAAAUUAGGUACUUACCCGUUCGUUUCUUUUAUAUUCACUGCUCGAUUAACGUAUUAAGCUGAAUUAUAAAUUAUAGUCUAGGAUUACGCUAUGUAUUUAUGCUUAUGCGACUGAAUUUGAAUUAAAUUUACACUAGAU